UUCAAGUACAUGUAGCUGCCUGUACUUGACUGUUGUUGUCUCAGAUUCUUGCAGUAUUUGAUCGGUUAAUUUGGUUGUUGGAGUGGAAGUUUGUUUAUAUAGUGUUCAGUUUUGGCGGGCUUCUUCUAUCAUGAGCAGUGUGGAGACGAACGUCGAAAAGGAAGAGGAGAGAGACGGUAUUUUGUCGUUCGUUGCAUCUAAAUCGCCGUCUUUAUUAUUCAAGAUGGCAAAGCGAGCGGCAAAGACUGCUGGUAUCUGUACAACAACUCUUGUAAGACGAGCGGUGAUCAGUGACCAGCAGGACAGAAAGACGAUGGUGUUUGUAUGCGAUGAUAUUCCGUCAGAAGUGAGUCACCAUCUAAUCGAUAUGAAGUGCAAAGUGAUUGGGCCAUCUGUUGUUUGUUGGUGUCUUAAAAAUCAACAACCACUUCCCACUGGAUGUCUAGUGAGAUCUAUGACGAUGAAUGGCGUCCACGUGUCCUGCAGCAGUCUACAACAAGCUGAGCGUGAAAAGUUGUAUGAUCAAGUCAAAUUGAUGGGUGGAGAAGUGUCUAAGAAUCUAACCAGUGAUGUUACUCACCUUGUUGCUGGUGCUGUCGGCUCUAAGAAAUACAGAACAGCAGUUGGAUUGGGCAUUCCCAUUAUGUCUCAAAAUUGGAUUAUGAAGUGUUGGGAAGAAAGUAAAACAAGAAUUAUAUCUGCUUCAGAUGAUCAAUUUUCUAGCAUGAAAUGUCCUGCCUUCCUGGGGUGUUGCAUCUGUGUCACUGGAAUUGAAAACAGACAAAAUGUCAAGAGAAUUAUAGAAGAGAAUGGUGGUACAUACUCAGGUGAGCUUGUCAUGGACAAGUGCACUCAUCUUGUCGCUAGUCAACGGAAUGGCAUGAAGUAUGAGUAUGCCUUAAAAUGGAACUUGUUUGUUGUGUCUCCAGCAUGGCUUUUUGAGUGCAUAAAACAAGGAUUAUGCUUGGAUGAGCAGCUCUAUCCAGUAUCUACAAACAGGACGCAGUCUAUUGCUGGUGCUAGUGACGGUGAGGGAAAUGACAAACAAGAUGAAGGCAAGUGCAACAAAGAAGACAGAUACCACUAUGACAUAUCCGACCACGGAAAACAGACAACUUUAAUUAAAAGUAAAUUCCAACAUCUUGAUCUCGAGAUGGAUGUCAGUAAUUUGUACCUAGAUGGUUGUAGGAUUGCUAUUAGAAGUAGUGAGAAGCUGAAGAGUGAUAUCUUGCUUCAGAUAGUGAAUUCAGGUGGAGGUACUCGAUGUCAUAGUAUCUCUGACUCUAUCACGCAUUUUGUCACCGAUGAAGUGAUUGAAUCAGAUUGUCGCCUUUUUGAAGCCAUGUCUUCUCCACCAUAUAUAGUAUCACAGGAAUGGUUGCUUGCUUGCUGUGAAAGCAAACAAAAAGUACUUGAGGAAGGUUUUAUGCUGUCAAACAAAUUGAAACUUAUUGGUAUGGUCAGUGAGCCAGAAGAAUUACAAAGCUGUGUGAGUGAUGUUUCACCUGAUUGUAUAACCAAUGGUAUAGAGAAGUACGGUAGCAAUGGUAGAGACACUGAUGAUAUAAUGGAAGGAUACCAACAGUCAGGUAUCAGUUCUAUUUCCAUUGAAGAAAUUUCCUGUUCGGCCAAUUGUCCAUUGAAAGGAAAAUCGUUUGCUAUUGCUGAUGUUGUCACUUGUCAAAGUGAUGAGUUAGUUAAGCAGAUUGUAUCACAUGGAGGAGUGAUGACUGAGGCUACAUUAGCUGAUAUCCUGAUUGUCAGUAUCGACUCUAGCAUUUCAUGUUUUCAUAGCAACCAGCAGUUGUUCACCCCCCUUUGGCUUUCUAGGUGUAUUGAAACAGGACAACAUCUUGACACUUCCCUUCAUCCACUUUACCAGCCCAUUCCAAUCAGAGCUGAUUUCAAUCCAUUUGCAGGUGUUGUUUUUUGCAUUAGUCAAUUUGUGGACUUGGAACGAGAUGUGCUCAUGCAAUUCAUUCAGCUGCUAGGCGGCACUGUUCAACAACAAAUGUUACGAAAGGACAAGGACAAUUUGAAAGCCACUAACUAUCUUGUGCUAAAAGAAGCCUCUGGUCCAAAAUAUGAAGCCAGUAAGUUGUGGAAUGUACCAGCUGUCUCAUCACAGUGGAUUUAUGAAUGUGCUCAACAAAAAUCACUUACAAAUGUGGAACCAUUCAUUAUUCACGAAAAGGUAAACAGUAUACCUGUUGCAAGUAAUGUACAGGAACAACGGCAUACAAGGAAAUUUCAAGCAGGUGGCAGGAAAUCACUAGGAACAGCUCUGUCAUCUCUGAGCAGCAACAUUAGACCACAGUUUGACACAGCAGAUGCAUUGCAGGGACUAAACAGUUUUACGUCUGGUAGUGGACACGGUUUCUAUUCUGCUGAUGAAUCAAUACUUUCUUCAGCAUAUCAAAGCAAUGUACAGACAGCUAUCAGCCAGAUAGGCCAUCCAGUAGACAGUGCAGGAGCAAAUAGCGUUUACCACACUACAGCUACCUCGUCUACUGUCCUGUCUGGUGUUGUCCUGUUUGUGACAAAGAAGCUUGCUAAGCAGCAAGCUGACUUGCAUGAUAUUGCUGCAGCACUGGGAAGUGACUAUCGAUUCACAUAUGAUGAGUCAUGUACACAUGUCAUUCAUGAGGGCCGAUUGCAAUCUGGAGGCAAGGAGAUACGACUUGCUAAAGAGAACAAUAAGUUUAUUGUUUCUCCACACUGGUUGUUUGCAUGUAGAGAAGGUGCAAAGCACCUUAAUGAGGCAGCCUUUCCACACACAUACAACCCACGAAGGUCUCUGACAGGAAUUUGCAAGAAACGGGACCAGUUGUCAUGGAAGGUAGAUGAUGGGUACAGCAACAGUUCUGGCAAAACAAACCAGCUAGUAGAAACAUCAUAUCUUUCUGAGUCUGUAUCCCUGAACAGUUUGGUUAAACCCCUAAAUGUUGAGUCUACAAGACCUGACAUAGACAGCUUACAAGGACCUUCAUCAGAAGACAGAGAAGACUUCAAGCGACAAAUUGAUGAACUUGUGUCUGCAGCGAAAAACAGAAGAACCAGCAGUCGGAGGAAAUCUCAUCAAAAUUUGUCCACUAGCAAAACAGACAGACAACACAUUUGUGGUAAUAAGACAAUUUACAGCAGCUCUUGUAAGCUAGGUGAUACAAGCUGGAGAGAGAGUAUGUCAAUGGCUACCAUCAGCUAUGAUGAUCCCAGUGGACGUGAAGAACGUGAACGAAUCAUUGCACAAAUGGAAGAAACAGUUGAGGUUAAAACAAACGAGGAAAUUAUCUGUCAACCUGAGAAUGGAAAUCCAUCAUGCUAUCAACGUAAUCAAAAGCGAUGCCUUCCUGCCAGUCAGAAAGUAGCCCUCAUAACUUCAAGUGACUGUACUUUGGGGGAUGUCAGGAAGUCUCAAGUACUGAAUAGUAAAGAAAAUCGGCUGACACCCACUCCACCUGCUCCACCACCAAUUGCUGUGCCUAUUCGUCCACCCGGUAAAACAUGUAGUCCCCUAAACUGCAGUCUCCUGCUCAGUCAGGUGGCAAGCACAAGCCGUACACCUGUGUUCCAACUGUCUGGUUUAGAUCGAGAUGAAAAAAUGGACUAUUCUGCUCUUAUUGAGACUUUAGGAGGGAAGUUUUAUGACUAUGACUAUUAUGUGACAUCAGCAUCCCACCUUGUAGCAGGGAAGGCAUCACGCACUGAAAAAUUCAUGGCAAUGGUUGCUGCAGGAAAGUGGGUGUUGCAUAAGUCGUAUCUUGAGGCAAGUCGUCAGGCAGGAAAAUUUGUCAAAGAAGAGCAGCAUGAGUGGGGCAAAGAGGUUAGUGGAAAGGAGAAACCUACAGAGUUGGCAAAGGCAGCAAAAAGAUGGCGUGUCAAAAUAAACACUGAGAAAAGUGAUGAUCAGAUGUCUGGUGCAUUUCGUGGAUGGCGAGUGUUACUAGCUGUUGAUGGCCCUCGUAAAGCUGGAUUUCAGCGUUUGCUAGAAGCAGGAGGAGCUACCAUUGUGUCAUCUCGUCCACCAUUCUGCGAUGUCCACUCAGCAACUCAUGCCUUUAUCAACAUGAAAGGCCAGUCACUGUUACUGGUAGACAUCGCUAAAUUGAAAUCAGCUGGUGUAUUAUGCCUGACACCAGAUUAUAUUGGCGAGUAUCUUGUACAACCAGACAGUCCAGAUCCUAGCAGUUUUUGUGCUGUAAUGUCACAAAAGCUUACAACAAACAAGCGACAACAUACAGAAGGAACUGCACCGGGUCAGGUCAAGAAAGCACGCUUAUCAUAGACAGUAAUUUGUAUUGCUAGUCUCACUGUAAGUACGUUUAGUGUACACCAGCACACUUGUAUAGCUGCCAUUAUAUCUAGUGCAAAUGUGUAUGUGCAAUAGGUGGUCAU